AUGGAACAACUCAACUCCACUGUGGUCACCACCAUCAGCUCCUCCUCUCCUGGACAUCCACCUCCUUUCUCCCAGGACUUCGGCACUCUGUUUCCUGUUGUGGUUUUGUCCCUCAGCUCCAUACUGGGAAUUCCUGGAAACAUCGCUGUGAUCAUCCUCAGACCAAACUGGCAGCAAAUGUCGAGUCUGAGCCAGAGUUUGAUGUUGAAUUUGGCUGUUGCAGACCUGCUCAACCUGAUAACUCUGCCUCUGUGGAUUCCCACCCUUCUGCACGGCUGGAAAUUUGGCUUUCUGGCCUGUAAGCUCAUCUCAUAUCUGGUUUACUGCAGUGUUCACUGCUGUCUUCUGACUGUGAUUGCCCUGAGUCUCCAGCGUUACCUGCAGGUGGUUCAUGGGAAGAAGUGGUUCCAGCACAGGGGACAGAAGAGGCUGCUGGCUCUGCUCUGGCUGGUUGCCAUGAUCCUGUCCAUCCCUGUUUUGGUGGAUCGACAACCCUCCCCAGUCCGAAACUUGACACAGUGUGAAUCAGUGUACUCGUCCUUGGCCCAGCAGGUAGCUUUGCUGUUGGAGGAGACUGUGCUGGGGAUUGUCUCUGUUUCUGUCGUGGUGUUUGCAUAUAUCAGCCUCAAAAGAAAGGUGGACCGGGCAGCUCUCUUUAACAACCCACAGACCACCUGUCUGAUCACCAGUAUCAUUGUGACCUUCUUCGUCCUCUGGGUGCCAUACUUGAUCUUAAAUUUGCUCAGCUUAACUGCAAUUUUCAGCAAAAAUAAGAGACUGCUGAAGUUUUGCAUGGACAACAAGAACAUUUUUAGAGCACCGGUGUUUCUGAACAGCUCUCUGGAUCCAUUGUUGUAUGCAUUUGCUUCAAGAAACUUUUGCACCGGUUGUUUGAAACAGGAACAGAAAACCAGUUGUUCCACCUCCCAGGAAAUUUAG